CUGGCGCGACCCUUGAUCUGGGGGUGGGAAGAGCGAGUAGAAGGUCCGCACUUCCGUCCUCACGACUUUCUCCCCAGGAGACCCAAUAUCAGUGGCAAGCUGCCUUCUCUCCGUGCCGUUGGCAGGUUUGGCGCCUGGAAAACUCUUCACGUUCUGCUUUCUCCUGCUCCUGGCUCCGCCCCAGCUCCAGCCCCGGCAUUCCUCCAGCCCUACCCGUCCCGGCCGCCCCUUUCCCACUGCCUCUAGCGCUAGCGUGCGGGGCAUCUCCGCGUUUGCCCUGGGCCCAAGGCUGGGCUGCGAAGAUCAUGUUCCUCUCGGGCGGAACACGCGCACUCCGUCUUGGGGCUCUCUCCUGAGCUCCCUACUCCACCGAGAGCGCUGAGCGCAGCCGGGAAUUCUCUUCCACCGUGGGCACGCAGCCUUUGGAGGUCCUGAGCGCAGCACUCGGUGUCGUCACACCGCGGUAAGACUGAGACACCGCGGGAACCUUGAGCUUGAAACCACCCUUGAGCCUCUCCAGUCGGAAGAGUACGCGCAGCAGCCCAGCAGAGGCCAGGCGCGUAACCUCGGGCGCCGGGGCACGGAGAGGGUGCUGGGUUCAGGAGCCGGAGGAAGUUCUCGCGGCACCGGGAGCGCGGUGGACGCGCCGGGGCGCACUCCCAGGCCGCCUCCUCCGUGGCCCUCGGGAUUGUUCUCGGGCAGCAAGGAGGAGCUUGCUGGAGACUUCGAGGCUGUCCGGAGCCAGCAAGCAGGAGCGCCGCGUCUUUUGCCUUAGCUGGGAAGGGGGAGUGGCGCUGGCAGGCUGGAGUUGCGAACCCAGCGAGCGCCUGACCUUCCUCUUCUUCCUGACACUCUUAGCGUCUUGGGCUCCAGAGGAAGGUUGUAGGGGCUGCAGGAGGCCCCCAGACCCAUUUUCCUAGAAGGCUGAUGAUGGAUCUGCUGCUUCUGUCCUCGCCGGGGCAUAUGGAACGCGUCGGCGGUGCUUGAGCCAGGCUUUGGUCACCACCGCCCCGGACAAACCCCCACGGCCAGCCCCGCCUGGCAGCUUUGCCUGAGUCCCUUUGCGUUCGGGACCCAAAGCCACCAGCGUCCUUCUCAGGGAGAAGGUGGUUCUCAGGCGCAGCUCCGCCGCGAUGUCCGGGCAGAGCCUGCUACACAGCGUCUUCUCUUGCUCCUCUCCUGCCUCAAGUAGUGCGGCCUCGGCCAAGGGCUUUUCUAAGAGGAAGCUGCGCCAGACCCGCAGCCUGGACCCAGCCCUGAUCGGCGGCUGCGGGGGUGGCGAGGCGGGCGCGGAGGGCGGUGCGCGAGGGGCCACGGCGGGCCGCCUCUACUCCCCAUCACUCCCAGCCGAGGGUCUCGGCCCUCGCUUGGCGUCCUCUCCCCGGGGUCCGCCCCCCAGGGCCACCCGGCUACCGCCUCCUGGACCCCUUUGCUCGUCCUUCUCCACACCCAGCACCCCGCAGGAGAAGUCACCAUCAGGCAGCUUCCACUUUGACUAUGAGGUUCCCCUGGGUCGCGGCGGCCUCAAGAAGAGUAUGGCCUGGGACCUGCCUUCUGUCCUGGCUGGGCCAGCCAGUAGCCGAAGUGCUUCGAGCAUCCUCUGUUCCUCCGGGGGAGGCCCCAAUGGCAUCUUCACUUCUCCUAGGAGGUGGCUACAGCAGAGGAAGUUCCAGUCCCCACCUGACAGUCGAGGCCACCCCUACGUCGUGUGGAAGUCUGAGGGUGAUUUCACCUGGAACAGCAUGUCAGGCCGCAGUGUACGGCUGAGGUCAGUCCCCAUCCAGAGUCUAUCAGAGCUGGAGAGGGCCCGGCUGCAGGAAGUGGCUUUUUAUCAGCUGCAACAGGACUGUGACUUAAGCUGUCAGAUCACCAUUCCCAAAGAUGGACAAAAGAGAAAGAAAUCUUUAAGAAAGAAACUGGAUUCACUAGGAAAGGAGAAAAACAAAGAUAAAGAAUUCAUCCCACAGGCAUUUGGAAUGCCCUUAUCCCAAGUCAUUGCAAAUGACAGGGCCUAUAAACUCAAGCAGGACUUGCAGAGGGACGAGCAGAAAGAUGCAUCUGACUUUGUGGCUUCCCUCCUCCCAUUUGGAAAUAAAAGACAAAACAAAGAACUCUCAAGCAGUAACUCAUCUCUCAGCUCAACCUCAGAAACACCAAAUGAGUCAACAUCCCCAAACACCCCGGAACCGGCUCCUCGGGCUAGGAGGAGGGGUGCCAUGUCAGUGGAUUCUAUCACCGAUCUUGAUGACAACCAGUCUCGACUACUAGAAGCUUUACAACUUUCCUUGCCUGCUGAGGCUCAAAGUAAAAAAGAAAAAGCCAGAGAUAAGAAACUCAGUCUGAAUCCUAUUUACAGGCAGGUCCCCAGGCUGGUGGAUAGCUGCUGUCAGCAUCUAGAAAAACAUGGCCUCCAGACAGUGGGGAUAUUCCGAGUUGGAAGCUCAAAAAAGAGAGUGAGACAAUUACGUGAGGAAUUUGACCGUGGGAUUGAUGUGUCUCUGGAGGAGGAGCACAGUGUUCAUGAUGUGGCAGCCUUGCUGAAAGAGUUCCUGAGGGACAUGCCGGACCCACUUCUCACCAGGGAGCUGUACACAGCUUUCAUCAACACUCUCUUGUUGGAGCCGGAGGAACAACUGGGCACCUUGCAGCUCCUCAUAUACCUUCUACCUCCCUGCAACUGCGACACCCUUCAUCGCCUCCUACAGUUCCUCUCCAUCGUGGCCAGACAUGCCGAUGACAACAUCAGCAAAGAUGGGCAAGAGGUCACUGGGAAUAAAAUGACAUCUCUAAACUUGGCUACCAUAUUUGGACCCAACCUGCUGCACAAGCAGAAGUCAUCAGACAAAGAAUUCUCAGUCCAGAGUUCAGCCAGGGCUGAGGAGAGCACGGCCAUCAUUGCUGUGGUGCAGAAGAUGAUUGAAAAUUAUGAAGCCCUGUUCAUGGUUCCCCCAGAUCUCCAGAACGAAGUGCUGAUCAGCCUGCUAGAGACAGAUCCUGAUGUCGUGGACUAUUUACUCAGAAGAAAGGCUUCCCAAUCAUCAAGCCCUGACAUGCUGCAGUCGGAAGUUUCCUUUUCCGUGGGAGGGAGGCAUUCAUCUACAGACUCCAACAAGGCCUCCAGCGGCGACAUCUCCCCUUAUGACAACAACUCCCCAGUGCUGUCUGAACGCUCCCUGCUGGCUAUGCAGGAGGACGUGGCCCCGGGGGGCUCGGAGAAGCUUUACAAAGUGCCAAGGCAGUUUAUGCUGAUGGGCCACUUGUCCUCAUCAAAGUCAAGGGAAAGUUCUCCUGGACCAAGGCUUGGGAAAGAUCUGUCAGAGGAACCUUUCAAUAUCUGGGGAACCUGGCAUUCAACAUUAAAAAGUGGAUCCAAAGACCCAGGAAUGACAGGUUCCUCUGGAGACAUUUUUGAAAGCAGCUCCCUAAGAGCGGGGCCCUUCUCCCUUUCUCAAGGGAACCUGUCCCCGAAUUGGCCUCGGUGGCAGGGGAGCCCCGCAGAGCUGGACAGCGGCACGAAGGUGGCUCAGAGGACUCAGCCCGCGGCCCCCGCGAUGGAGGGCAGGGCCCACACUGCGGUGCCGCGUGCUUACAGUACACCCCAUGUCCAGGGUGGCAGUGGGAAAGCCGAGCGGCCCAUGGCCAGAUCUGAGCAGUACUUGAUCCUGAGCGGCGCCCACGACCUCAGCGAGAGCGAGCUGGACUUGGCCGGGCUGCAGAGCCAGGCCACAUCGAGGUGCCAGAGACCCCGUGGGAGCACGAGGGAUGACAAACGGCCCCCGCCUCCGUACCCGGGCCCCGGGAAGCCCGCAGCAGCAGUGGCGGCCUGGAUCCAGGGGCCCCGGGAAGGCGCAGGGACAGCCACGGACCAGGGAGGCCAAGAGGCCGAGCAAGAGCAGCAGGCCGCACAGAAAAAACUGAGCAGUGCCACCUCCCUGCCAGCGGGCAACCAGGACAGUCCGCGCCUGGGGGACGCUGGCUGGCUCGACUGGCAGAGAGAGCGCUGGCAGAUCUGGGAGCUCCUGUCUGCUGACAACCCCGAUGCCCUACCUGAGACGCUGGUCUGAGCCCACACCCAGCCGAGCCCCUCCUGCCCCGCGCCCUCCCCGCCCCGCCCUCCAGCCCAGGGGAAAACGUGGGUGGUGGCCACUGGCACACUUAGUGUUCUUCUUUCAUACUUCCCAAAAGCAACACGAGAAAUCCGGUUCACCUAUAGAGGUAGAGCACUCACGCCCCUGCCAUUGAGAAUAAGGUUCCAUUGCAUAGCCAGCCUUAGGAAAAACAACCCAAACCGAAUGGCAAUGUCCAAUAUAAAAAAGUCCCUCUUGGCUCUAUAAUAAGAUACAACUCUUGCUUUCAUAUAGCCUAACUGUAUUUAUAUGUCUUCAGUUUUGACUAUUGUAUAUUCUGUAACAGAUUAUGUAUGAUAAUCAUAUAUGAUAUAUUCACAAAGAGAAAACAAAAUGAACAUUUAAAAAAAUCACUUAUUUUAAGCAAUGAAAUAUACUAAACAAUGAGAUUCUAUAGAAUGUUCUAGAAUAUGCACAAGCGGGUUUCUGUGCUUUUGCCAUAGCUUUAUAACUGGGGAUAACCCUUCCUUCAAUACCUAACAAAAACACUAACAAGAUGAAACAGAAGAUGAGAAGCCAUAUUUUUAUAUGAGUCAGAUACAAGAAGAAAAAUCACUGAAUGCUUUUUGAUAUUGAAUACGUAUUAUGGAAAAUGUUAAAUCUGAUAGAUUAUGAAAUAUAUUUUUAGAACUUGUUUAGAAAUGACUCAGCCAGACAAGAAAAAGGCAGUGCCUCACAAAGAAAUUAAGAAGUUGUCUGUCCCACUUUACGUCAAAUUCAGUUUUAUAUAGGCCGUAUAUAAUAAAUAUUUAUAAUGUAUAAUUUUUAUGUAUUUUUCAAAACUGCAAACUGGAAUCCAACUAUAAAGUGUUUAAGAAUCUAAAUACAAUAUUCAAAUUAUAGAACAUGUUUUUCCCUUUGCCCAGAAUCAGUAUUUGCCAAAUUACACACAAUUCUUUAAAAACUAAAUCACAUUUGGAAAAAAGCCUACAGCUUUGUGCUUACAUUGUGCCAAAGGCUGGGGAAAUGUUUUCUUUCUUAAUUUUAUGUGUAUUGUAAAAUGUUCCUACCGUACUUUAGUAGUAAGUUUUAAGUUUUUCAAUUGCAUAACUGUUUUUGACCAGCAGAUGGCGAUUCGCUUCAGUAUUUUACGCGAUUUUUUUCACUUCUGAAGGGAAAGUGUAUUAUAGAAAAAGAUUUUUUUUUUUUUUUACAUAUAAAACAUGCUACUCUUAAUUGUCAUGUUGGUGAUAAAAUUUUCAGUGGUGUUUCUUAAGGUUCUAUCUUGUGCCAUGAUGAAUAAAAGGUUAAGCAAA